UGACGCAGCACGGCGGGAAAUACCAAAUGAAAGGUGCAAUGUAUUAAAGACGACCUCUGAGAAAUUCUGUUUACAUGUUCAGUUUCGAGAAUAUGGUAAAAACAGAAGAUAUAUCCAACAUGGCGGACGUCUGGAGAGAAGUGUUUAGGAGAAGCCGGUUGGUUCCAGCACCCAGGCAGACAGUCCGCCUGGCUGUGGAGAACCACUUCACCCAGUCCCACGGCUUCCAGCUCAGCCUCAGCCGGCUCUCUGCAGCUCAUCUCCCGCAGUCACAGGAGAUGCCAGAGGUGGACCAAGAUUUGACCUACCAGCUGAGAGUGACCCUGUUUGAUAGAAAUCACCAGCACUUUUUUGGGAGAACAUGGAGGAGUUCACCCCAGAGGAUGAAAAACAACAAGAUACCCAUCAAUGAGGUCCUGUACUUCCAUACGUCUCUGCGGCUAUCCAGCACUGUGGUGGUCCUGGAGCUGGUGUCAUUGUCACCCAGGCCAGACGGUUCCCAGCAGGCCCUGGGGCGAGGCUUCACUGUCCUGGAGCUUUUUACCAACAGGCCAGAGGCUCAGGCUGCCGAUGGGGACAGAAGGCUGAAUCUACACCAUGGAUCACCAAGAAGCCUACUCCAUCCUCUGCUGAAGGACACUGUUGACUACAGCAGUGUCCUGAAGACUAUUGACAGUGCACAUUUGGAGUGUGUGGUAAAAAGACAUCCUGCGCUGGUUUCCAUGAUGCACCUCCUUCCAGAGAACGUCCUCGUAUCAGGAGAUGAGAACAUUCCCGGGCUUGCAGCUUCUCCAACAGGAGAUGCUCUGCUGAGGCCUCAGCUGCUUAAGAUGCUGCCCUUCACCCUGAACAGACUGACCAUCUCCCUCCAGCCCUCCCUGGAGAAGUUUGAGAGCCAGCUGCUGCAGCUGAUCAAUGCUGACUGCCAUAACACAAAACAGCCAGGACCAGAGGGAACACUGAGGGCAGUUGUCAUCCAGGAAAGGAGGCUCCACGUCGGCGUCCACAACGGCUGGUGUUUCCUCGACAAGCCCCAGGUGGUGGUGCUGGAGCCCUUGGGCUCAGGGACCAGAGGACGAGCAGACAGCCCCUCCAAACAGAGCACCCUGGUCAAGGACAGCUCUGCACCAUCCCUCCCUCAGAUACUCUGCCUUCGCAGCAGCCUGGAGCUCAAGCUGACCAAUCAUCAGGCUUUGGCAGUUGUCUUCCAGCUGGAGUACGUCUUCUCUGCUCCAAUUGGCCGAGAGACAAUGCUGUCUACCACCUCCUCAUCCCGAGCGGCCUUCCUGCAGUGCCUUCGGUGGGGGAUCUGGUGCCCCUUCCAGGAGCCGGCUGACUGGAAGGGGGAAGAGAUACAGCUUGUUCUGCAAGGAGGUGCGAAGCCAAACCCUCACGGAGUCAUGGUCUACAGCACAGAGAUGUCUGCCAAGACUCCGAGCUCUGCGCCACUCUCAGCUCCAGGCACAGCUCAGGUGAGAGAUACAAUGAGUUUUCGGCUGUCGUCCAGUCUGGAGAGGAAGGCGUCCAGCCCAAAGGCGUCUCUGAGGUCAAAGCAGGAAGAUGUGUCACGUCUGAGGAGUUCACCUUCAUCACCUUCACCCGGUCAGAGACACACUGCACCAGCUUCUCCUCCAGAAUCUCCUCAAGGCCCUGGGCUCUCGCUGUCUCAGCUGGCAGCUACUUCACGCUACCCGACCAUCAGCCACUCCAGCUCCGCGUUGCCGUGGCAACAGUCGUUUCCUUCUCUGCUCCAUCCUUCCCCGUUGGCAUCGGCCCACCAGCUGUCACAUGUCGCUUGCUCAGCUGUCAGCAACAUUGCCCACCUGGAAAUGGACCUUCAGCAGGAGGGGGAUGCGUCACCCUCGGGUCAGAAUGAAGGAGACCAGCUUCAGGAGCUGCCCUUCACCCCUGUCCACGCCCCUGUCAUCACUCUGGGGAUGAAUGUGCCCAGUUCCUCCUCAGUCAGCUCCAGGAGCUCACUCGCUCACCUCUACUCUGCUGGCUUCCCUGAGAUAAUGGACUGCAGCGGGCAGGUGGCAGAAGUGCUGGAUCCCACAGAGCCGGUGCCCUUUGACCCCCAGCGUGAAGAGAAAGACCCUCUACAGGGCAACCUGCUGGUGUUCCAGUUUCUGGCGUUCACCAGAAUACCUGCUUCAGGUGUAGGUCCUGAUUGGCCUGAAAACGUCUACUUCACCUUCCAGUUCUAUCGCUUCCCACCAGUCACAUCACAGCAGCUCAAACUACUGACCAGUGACAGGGUCCAACACAAAGCCAGCGAUCCACUUCCCUGUGUACUGGCCUCUAUCAACAAAGAUGGCACCGUCAACUCAGGUUCCCCAGGUCUGCAGGUGCAGUUCAGAGUCGAUGAUGGUUUCUUGAAGCCGGAAGAGAAGCGCUGGUUCCUUCGUUACCUGGCCCUUCACACCUUGCACAUCGACAUCUGGGACAGCGACUCGCUGCUCCUCAUAGGAUCGACUGCCAUCGAGCUGAAGUACAUGUUGCGUCAGGGUAAAUCAGCAGUGCAGGCUCUUCAUGAGGUGGAGGUGCUGACCACAGAUUAUGUGGGAGAUGACACCCUGCUGACGAGCUCAGGUCUGGGCAGACGCUCAACCUCCGGCCCCAUGACGGUCCACACUGUGGUCAGGGGCCGGCUGCACAUCCGCACGGGCAACAUCGGGUGUCCAGUGGAUCCUAUCAGGAGGAGAGCAGUAGACAUCAGGUCAUCUCACCCUCACAUCAUCACACCUCAAGAAGUCACUAGUGGCUUCAGAGGGGGAAGUCUGUCCUCCAGGAACAUCCUCCAACUCAAUGCAAGGAACACUGCUCAGGCACACAGACUGGAGAUGGAUGGGGAUCAGGAGCCGUCCAUCAGGCGCAGGAUCAGACCUGACAACGCCAAGCCCGCAGAGCACGACGUAAACGAGGCUGAUGGCGGAAACCGCAAGUUAAAGUGCAUGGCCGCCGUGCAUCAGCGGGAGGGCAAGGAAGGCGUUAAAGCAGCGAAGGCCAUGGAUCAGACUAAGGAGGCCCAGCUGGCCAGAGAACGUCUUCAGAUCAAACCCAGUGAGGAGCGCAGUAAGGCAGAGGGCAUCGCCAACAUGCUGAGUCAGGCCAUCACCACCCAGCACCUCCUCUAUGCCAGCCUGGGCUCCGCUGAGUACAUGGAGUUUGUCCUGAAAAACCCCUUUAAUGUACCUCAGACGGUCACUAUCCACAGUGAUGACCCUGAGCUCAGUGUCAUCACUAAGACAGAGGAGUGGCGUUACUUCAAAGCAUUAACCAAAACUCCUACUCCACUGGAGGAGAACAUGUUCCAUGUGGAGGAGGGUGCCCCAGGUCCCAGGGUUUACCUCCGGCCCAAAGAGAGCGUCCAUAUUCCACUGAAGUACCAGAGCUUCCUCUGUGACCACACCAUGGCUGUUCAGGGACCGAGCCUCUUACCUGCAGGCAAAGGUUCUCAAGUGGCCAAGAAGAAUCUGUCCAAUAUCGUCGCUGCCAAAACCAUCAAGGUUACUUUCAAAGCAGAGGACAGCAAACCGAUGGCCAUCUGCCAGGUGAACGUGGAGCCGACGCCCCAUGUCGUCGACCAGACUUUCAGACUUUACCACCCUGAGCUGUGUUUCCUGAAGAAGGCCAUCCGCCUGCCGCCCUGGCACGACCCCACAGUUGCAGAUCCAGACUCCAAGACCCACUUCUGUGUUCGCUGCAGUGACCCUAACAUCAUCUGCCAGACCAGGAUGCUGGUGCCAGGGGAGCCUCAGGAUGUGUAUUUGAAAGUGCCAGGGAGUCCCAGUCCACACAUAAAGAUGUUCUUUGUGAUGGUUUUCACUGAUAAGUGGAUGGCAGCGCCCUCCCAGAUCUGGCAGAUUUACGUUCACUUCCUGGAGCGGGUGGAUGUCAGCUGUGUGAGCGGCCAGCGGACCUGUCAGUCACUGGUCCUGAGGGGGAGGCAAGCUGUUCGCAAGGUCAAAUGUUUCUCAUCACACCCCAGAGAGAUCCAGGUGGAUCCGGAGAGUGUGUUCGUUUUGCCUCCUGCAGCGGUGCAGGAGCUCCAGCUGAAGGUGCAGCCGUGGCGGGCCGGCAGCCGCUUCCUGUAUGUGAACGCGGUGGAUGUGGAGAGUCAUCGUCUAGUCACCGCCUGGCUGCUCUGUCUCAAUGUCCACCAGCCUGUGCUGUCCAAGGCAUUUGAAGUGUGUGUCCCGGUUGGUGGCGGGCGUGGCAGCUCCAGAAAAAUCACCUACACCAACCCGUACACCAGCAGCCACACGUUCCUGCUGCGCUCCGACCAUCCAGACCUGCUGCAGUUCAAAGAGGAUCAAUUCCAGAUCGGCGGGGGAGAGAGUUACACCAUCGGACUACGAUUUGCCCCCAGCCAGAGUCCCGGCUCAGUUGAGAUCCUGGUCUACGUCAACAACCUGGAGGAGAAGACGGAGGAGACGUUCUGUGUAAAAGUCAACUACUCUUGAAAUGAUGCAAAAGCUGCCUCCUUAACAUGUCAACUCAUCUGUGUUUUAAAUCUGUUUUCUGAGUGAGUAAUAAACCCAAAUGAGCUGUAAUUUUUACACCCAGUAUCAUAAUGAUAUAUUAGAUCAGAUUUAAGAGAAAUAAAUGCUCCUUUUUUAUCACAUA